UUUACAGAACAAGGGAGCCAUAGAUUCCUACUGUUCCUCCCCAUGGCAAACUCUCUUCUUCUUCAAGUACUUUUUACCGAUUAGACGUUCUAACUUCAAAUCCUCUCUUCCCCUCACUACAUUUAACUAAACAAAAACAACUUCUUUAUCGUUGACUCGCCGCUUGAAUCUCGAGCCGGCGAGAUCUGCGGUUGAAUAAGAGUCAAUAAGUCAACGCUUAUGCGUGUAAUUGGAGCACAUAAUCAUAACUUUGAUAGGGUUGUGCUGCUUUCUUUCGACUCGAAACUAAAGCCGAAUUUGAGCACUGAGUUGGCCUAGGCAGUCUUUGUUUGUUGAGAAAGUAUUCGAAUCUGCAGAACUUGUGUUUAUGCUUUUUUAGUGUAAAUUUGCGAGCAACAACUUGGGCCUAUCUGAAUUGUUUUCUUACUGACAUACAAAUCCACAAGUUGACAUGGUUUCCCCAGGGGAGGGUGCACUUAAAAAACUUGCCUAUGAAAAAUUGCCGCAUGGACAAACCCCUGAUAGUGGAAAUCAUGCAUUGCAACUGAUCCCUGUGAGUGUAAUUAAUACUUUGCAGUCUGUUCAAGAUGGUAGCAGUCCCUCCGCCAUACCAAAGAAAGAAUCACUGAAUUCUAGUACAAGUCAUUUACUGAGAUCAGAUCAAGAAGGAACCAAUUCUGGGAAAGCGUCAGAUACUAUUGAGAUUACUCAUUCAUCACAAUCUGGUGUGGAAGGGAAUAGUCCUUCUAUAAUGCGUGAGAAAGUGUCGGAGGAUGGAUAUAACUGGCGAAAGUAUGGACAAAAAUUCGUUAGAGGAAAUGAAUUCAUUCGAAGCUAUUACAAAUGUACACAUCCGAAGUGCCAAGUUAAAAAGCAAUUGGAUUGUACCCAUGAUGGGAAGAUUACAGACACUAUUUACUUUGGUCAGCAUGAUCAUCCAAAGGUUCCUAACCUUCCACAAUCUGUGGGACUUGUUGUAACCAUUGUUGAAGAGAGAGCAGAUGAUUCUUCUUCAAACAUUGCCAAAGACAAGUCAUCCGAAGCACAUGGCCAGACACCUCAGUGGAUUGAGCCUGCAAAAAAUCCUCAUCGUGUAGUUGUUCCAGCAAGCAAUGAUUUGAAAGGUAUACUUUUGCAAUCAAACAAGACAAAAGAUGAGGUUGAUAAUGAUGAUAGAACGGAAUCAAAGCGCAGGAAAAAGGAAAAUCUUGAUACUAAUCCAAUUCUAGUGGAUAAACCAACUGGUGAACAACGUAUUGUUCAAACUUUUAGUGAUGUCGAUAUUUUGAAUGAUGGAUUCCGCUGGCGUAAAUAUGGACAAAAACUAGUGAAAGGCAAUCCAAAUCCAAGGAAUUACUACAGGUGUUCAAGUUCUGGAUGCCCGGUGAAGAAACAUGUAGAAAGGGCAAAACACAAUCCAAAAAUGGUUAUCACUACUUAUGAGGGUUAGCAUAACCAUGAUGCCCCACCAUCAAGAACUGUUACUCAUAGCAUGGUAGGCCCAAAUGUUCAAGCAACAGCUUGUGACAGCGAAUCUGAGACAAAAUUAGAAAAACAUGAAGUUGUCUGCGUGGAUGGGGCUGUUGAUUCUAGUUUAGAUCAGAGCAAUUCAAAUGAGCAACUAAACGAUGUAAGAACAAAAUCUGUAGUAACCGUUGAUGGUGGCUUGGAGAUGGUUGAUGGAUCUAGUUUGGGUUCUAAAAGCAAGUCAGAUAAGCAAGAGAAUUGCAAGUCAGAAUCCAAUGAAGAAAGUCAUGUUGGACAUGGAGUCAAUCAUCUUACUUCACAUAACGGAGGUUCAUCCGCGAAUGACCUUGUACAUUAUGAGUUGGAGGUUAAAUCAGAACAAAAUGGUACUGCUUCCCAUGAUUCGGUGGUUCAUGUUACACCAUGCCCUGAGGUUAAAUUUAGUGAGAAGGAACAAACACCAAAACCAGAACCAGAGCCUGUCAGAAGCUGAACCCAAGCUGGUUUUUCAAUUAAUAAUGUACCCAAAUGAUAAUUCCCGUUAACAUAAAUUAUUAGAGUGUUUAAUUGUGGAAGAUUGGGUGAAAAGUAUUCAGUGUGUAAAACUGUCGUAAUGGGUAAGAUAAAUAUAAAUUUAAAGAUGUAGAUUUUCGUAUUGUUAGUUAUUUAAUAAUAGUUGAUAGCUAAAAGCAGUGUUGUGAUC